AUGGCCAAAAUUAAACUGCUUGUGUACAUAGUGCUACUAUUAUUACCUUUGACAUUUUGCGAAGAUAAACCGGAGGUAAAUGAUCAACUCUUCUUAUGAAAUUAAUUUAAAUAAUUGAUUUAUAUUUGUUUAUUUUUAUCAGGUUGAUGAUGCGACUUCAGAAUCGGUGUAUUAUGAGAGCCCAUGGCACAGUAAAAUAGGCGUGUACUUAGCUGAACAUUUUGAUGAUCCAUCAAUAUUAGGCUCAAAAUGGAUCAAGUCUAAUUCCAAAAAACCUAAUGUUGAUGAGGAAUUGGCCCAAUAUGAUGGUAAAGUAUAUUAUUACUAUAAAAUUAAUAUAUUUUUUUUCUAUUUUAUAGUACUCUCCCCAAAUUUUAUACAAAUGUUAUUUUAUAAGAAUUGUCUUUGUUUAUAUAUAUAUUAAAAUAUGUUAUAAGUUUUAUAUCAUAAGUCCCAGGGAGAAAUGCUUCAUGCUAUAGCUCGCACCAUUAAAAAAAAAUCAAACAUAAAUUUAUUUAAAGAAUAACUUAUUGAUUGAACGAUAAUUAAUCAUCAAUAAUUUAUCUAUACAAUUAUGAAACUUAUAAUACCAUUAUUAUUGAUAAGUUAAAAUUAAUAUAUUGUUAAAAAAAAUCUAACAUGCAAGCUAUCAAUCAAAAUAAAACACCAAUAAUUCUGGAUUAAAUCAAUUUUUGGGUUUUUUUUUUUUUAAAGUUGUCUUACCUAUUUUUUUUAUUUGUUAGUUUCAAUGGUAUAAGUGUAUGUAUUUGAAAUAUUUUAAUUUGUUUAUGUUUAAAGAUGUAACAUAUUGACUUAGGAGAGUCUUCCUUGGGAUGAAAGAUGUAAUAUAUUUUAUAUUAAGUUGUAAAAUUAAGAGUUAAAGUAUAGCUUCUGGUCUUAAUAAACAAGUCAAAACAUCAAAAAAUGUCACAUAGCUUUUUUGUUUGUAUACUGUAUUAAAGAAACCUCCAUCUGUCAGAUAUUCUAUUUUCACAGGUGCUCGUAAAUUUUUUUAAAUUUUGUUAUGAAUUAUGAAAUUUGAUUAUCCUGAAAAACAGUUUUGAAUACCUACGACAUUAAUUUUAUCGGUUUGUGAUUACUAUUAACUUUUUAACUGUAUAUAAUUUUCACAAUGCAAAUUGUGUUAUGCGAUCAGUAAGUUAGUCUAUCAAAUAACAUAAUAUAACAAAAAUAGUUGGAAAUACCUACUUAAUGUUGUAUAUGAUAAUUCACUCUCCAUCCAUGCAUAUAUAAUUGAUGUAAAACCAAAAAUUAUGUGUUCAUAAAUAAUAGUAGGUACAAAUUUAUAAUUUCAUAACAAAAUAUAAAAUAAUCUACAAGAAAAUCGGUUGGAAAAUUGAAUACUUAACUGGUGGAAAUUUUUUUUAGGACAGUAUAAAAACAAAAAAAUGUAUGUAAAGUUUUUUGAUAUUUUAACAUUUUUUUCUUAAACCUAAAUCCAUACUUCAACUGAAUUAAGUUUUAAAAUGUUUUAUUAGGUUUUAUUAACUUUACAAAUAUAAUUUUUAGGUAUCACACAACUUGUACAAGUAAUGUAUAAUAUAAUAUUUAACCUUUUUGUUAAUACAGUCUUCAACAAUAUUCCAUCUAUUCGUUUACUUCUUUUCCUGAUGAUGCCUAACUUUUCUCUCGUAUAUCAUUCAACAUAUGUUAUUGUGAUGCUCUCCAAUUAUUGUUUAAUAGCUUUGUUAACUGGUGUAGAGCUGUUGGUCUUAUUCUCAAUUUGAUAAGUGUAAAGUUUAAUUAUUUUUUAGAUCUCAAAAUAUUGUUGAUUACAAUCAAUUAUUAUAAUGGUAUUCCUUUACCUCGGGGACUCGAUUUAAAGGACCUAAGUAUACUUUAUACUCCUUCACAAUCUUACAGACCUCACAUUGAUUACAUUACAUGUAGGAUCUUAUAUUUGAAAUUAAAUUAAUUGAACGUGUGCAGAAAGGCUUCCUCAGUUAUGCUUCCUACUAAAAAUUGAUCAUCAUGACAGCGUUAAAUCUUAGUCCUCUCAAGAUCAGGCGUUAAAGAACUGAUCAUAACUUUUUGUUAAAAUUAAUGCAAGGAAAGAUUAAUAAUCCUCCAAUUCUCGAGUGUUCAAUCCUCAGAAUUCUUUCUGUACAUACCAGAUCCUCUGUGAUCUUCCACUUCCCAACUUUCUGUUCAACUGAUUAAAUGAUCUCUUUGUUGAAAUGAUGUGUAACUUAAAUGAUAUAAUGUUGAUAUUUGGCCGCAGUUUUCUUAUAUUUUAGUGUUUAUUUUUAACUUUUUUAAUAUUUGUUGUCUACUCAACUUACUUUUAUUUUAUAAUAACCUUAUUAUGUAGUAUUUACAUUGUUUUUAUCUUAAAGUCGAUUGACCUUUAUUUCUAAAAUAAAUAAAUAAUAUGAAAAUUAAUUUUCUUAACAUUAGUUGUUAUAUUUUGAGUAAAUAUCUUGUUGAAUAAAUUGGUUGUCAUGAGGAAUUAGCAGUUUAUUUAUUAUCUAAGAAUUAAGAUUCAUAAAAUAAUUACAAUUAUUAGUCAUGUGAUAAUUACAGUAUAAUAUAAGUAUUAUUAGUAAUACAAAUUUGAGUUAUAUUUUAUAACAUAUUUUUAUAAAAUUUCUUUUGUAUUUUAUUUUUUGUUAUUUUUAUGUAAUUAUAUAUUAGUCAUGAUUUCUUUGAGUAAAUAAAGGAAAGUAAUAGGAGUUUUGUUUGAAUAAUAAUAGCAUAAGAUUUAUAAUUUUUAAUUAUUUUCAAUUGUUAAUACGUUAUAAUUUUUAUUAUAAUAUAAAUCUAAGAUAAAAAAAAAAAGUGAAAUUUUAUUUUGCAAAACUUAUAUAGUUCAAAUUAAUGAAAUAUGUAAAAAUAAAUUAUGUUAUAGAUUAAGGUUCGUUACUAAUGUGAAUACAAGCUUUUAUUUAAAUUUUAUAUUUGAUUUAUCAGUUAUCUCAUAAACUCUAUUAAAAAAAAUCAUUGUUUAUGUUGGUGAAAAUGGCCCUAAAAAGUAUAAACUUAUGAAUAUAUGUCAAUAUAUUAAUACAACUAUUCAUUUUUAAUUUUAUUAAUUGUUAAUAGAAAAAAUAUUAAUUAUAAUUUUCAUUUUAUACUAUUAGCAGAAAUGUAUAUGGUCAACGAAUGAGCAGUAAUAUUUUUGUACUAAUAUUAGUUAAACAAUUAAUAAAAUUAUGCAUUAUUUUUUGAAAUAGGCAUUUUGUUAAAAUAAUUUUGAUUAUUUAUUUUAUUAGGUAAAUGGAGUAUUGAAGAAUUAGAAAGAUUCCCACUUAAAAAUGACAAGGGUCUAGUUUUGGCAUCAGAAAGUCGUCAUGCUGCUAUUUCUUCAAAACUUGAUAAACCAUUCAAGUUUGAAAGCAGCAAAACUCUAGUUAUUCAGUACGAAGUAGCUUUCCAAAAACCACACACAUGUGGUGGAGCAUAUUUAAAACUACUUACUGAUGGUCCUGCUGUCAAAGAUUUAACUCAGUUCAAUGAUAAAACUCCAUAUUCAAUUAUGUUUGGUCCAGAUAAAUGUGGACCAACUUCCAAAGUACAUUUUAUUAUUAGACAUAAAAAUCCCAAGAAUAAUUCAAUCACUGAAAAACAUUGUUUGAAAUUAAAAACAGAAGAAACCGUAUUCACCGACCAUCAGUCUCAUUUAUUCACUUUAAUUAUUAAACCAGACAACUCUUAUUCAUUCUUUUUAGACCAAGAAGUAAGUGUUUUAAGAACAUAUCUUUUUGUUAUGUUAAAUGUAUUAUAAUUUAUAGUUACAAUAUGAAGGAGACUUGCUAUCAGAUGACGAUUUUAGUCCACCAAUUAAUCCACCAAAAGAAAUAGUUGAUAAAAAUGAUGUGAAACCUGAAGAUUGGGAUGAAAGAGCUAAAAUUCCAGAUGAAAGUGCCGUUAAACCAGAUGAUUGGGACGAAAGUGAACCUGAAAAUAUUCCUGAUGAAUCUUCCACUAUGCCAAGUGAUUGGUUAGAAAAUGAAUCAACCCAUAUACCUGAUGCUUCAGCAAUUAAGCCUUCUGAUUGGUAAUUAUAAGUAUAUGUUUUAUUAUUAUUAUUAUUAUUAAUGUUUUAAAUAAUUUGUAAUAUAUUAAGUAUUAAAUAAUAUUUACUUGAAGGGAUAAUGACAUGGAUGGAGAGUGGGAACCUCCUUUAAUCAACAACCAAAAGUGUGAAGAUCGUUCAGGUUGUGGACCUUGGACAAGACCUUUAAUGAAAAAUCCUAAGUAUAAAGGCAAAUGGAAGCAACCAUUAAUAGAUAAUCCAAAUUAUCGUGGAAAAUGGAGUCCUCGACUAAUAGAAAAUCCUGAUUACUUCUAUGAUAAAAAUCCACUUAAAUCUUCACCUAUUGUAAUUAUUUUUAUUUAUACAACGCAUCUAUUAUUAAUAGUUAUUUUAUCAAUUUUAUUUUAUUUGUAUUUAUUAUAGGGUGCUAUUGGGUUUGAAUUAUGGUCUAUUUCAGACAAAAUUUAUUUUGAUAAUAUUAUUAUAACAGAUGAUGAAGCACAGAGCACAACAUGGGCAGAAAACUCAUGGUCACUAAAAAAGAAGAAUUUAUCACACAAAUCGGUAAAAUAUUUGAAUUUCUAAAACAUGACAUUGUUUAAUAGUAUCUAAAUUAUUUUAUUUGUAUAAUAAUUUAAUUUUUUUUAAAAAAACGUGUGCAUAUUUAAAUUAUAGGGCACUUUUUGGGGCAGAGUUCUCAAGAAUCUAAAUUUUAAACCAGGAUUAUGGUUAUGUUAUAUAUUUUAUUGUUCUAUACCUGUGGUCAUUUAUUUAUCAUAUUUGACACAAAGAUAUUUUAAGGUGACCAAAUAAUAUUUGGCUGUACUGUAUCAGAUCUUUGUGUACCUAUCCAUUUUAGUUUGAUAAACCUAAAUUAAUAUUAUAUUCCCAUUGUACCUACUUUAUAUUAAUUUAAUAUUAGGUGAUGUAUUUUUUUUGUUAAUCAGGAAAGUGUAUUUGGAGCUAUAAUUAGAUACACCAAUGAAUAUCCAUGGCUAUGGGCUGUAUAUGUAGUUUUUAUUGCCGUGGCUGUUGUACUUUUAGUUAUUGCGUGCUCUAGUUCGUCAAAAGUAAUUUUUGUCUCCUAUAAAAUUUAUACCCGUUUACUUAUUUUUUCAUCCUUAUAUAGUAAAAUCAUUACUGUUAUUUGUAGGAAAAAAAUUCAAAUGAAUCAAAUAAAAAAACUGAUGAACCUGUACCAGACAUAGAAGGGGAUGUUUCUGAUGAAGAACAAGAAGCUGAAGUCGAUAUUAAAGAAGAUGAAGAAAUUGAUGGUAAAAGUGCUGAAGAUGAAGAAGAAAAUGUAAGUGCAUUUAAUAACCAUUCUCUAAAUAAAAAUUGUCAUUACCAUAGCAUAUUAUAUAGGCGUGUUAUAAGUAUACUAAAGCCCUUAUAAGCAUAUUACUACAUUUUUUUUUUUACGAAGGCGAUUGUGGCAUCCAUAUAAAAUCCUCAUUAUUAUCUAAUAUUAUUUAUAUUAUGUUAUUCAUAUACAAUAAUUAUUAGAGAUCAAAUUUAUAUUUUUUUGUAUUCCACAAAAAGGCGCUUAAAAAGUUAACAAAACUCUGAAAAAAGUACUUAAAAAUCUUUCCUCUAAUGGCCCUAACAUAUUAAAUCAAAUUUCCUAACACUACAUAAAUGAUUAACACAAAAUUAAUUGUAUGUAUUAUAAAAAGAUAGACAUACUUUGCAAAAAUAGGUGAGCCAUUGUUUUAGGUGAGAAGUUGGAGAGGUAGGAUAUAGAGUAGAAUUUAAUGUUAUAAUAAUAAUUAAAUAACAAUUAAUCUUAGCUACCAAAACAAAAAUUGUAUGUGCAAAGUUCGGUUAUACAUGUUAAAAAGGCUGUAAUAUUUAUUAUUUUUGUAAAAAUUAUUAUGAAAAAAAAAAAUGUUCAUUAAACUCAACUUUUUCUUGUAGAGCACUAAGUACAACUUAUAAACCUAUACAAUUUUCAAACUUUUUUGUUUGGUCUAACAAUUUUAUCCACAAAGUAUACCUACUAUUCAAAAGGCUAAGGCCAUUAAAGGAUAAAUCAGGUCUGGUCUAAAACUACAAUGGAUUGGAUUAUAACAGUCAAAAUAAAUUUCAUUUCCCUUUAUUUAAAUUUUAAACACAAAAUACUGUGAAUUUUAUUUUUUGUUUGUACAUAUUUAAUUGUUAUAUCACUGUAAUAUUUGAUACAGAUAAAAUUAUUAAUGAACACAUUGAUAGAGCAUUCCUACACAAUUUUUACAUUUUACAGAAUUGAUAGAUUAUCAAAAUAACAGUUUACGAAAUUGUUUUUAUAAAACUAGGUAUAGGAUUAUUAAAUAUAUUUUAGUAUUUAUAAACAUCUUAUAUUUUUAAGGUUGAUAUAGAAGCUGAUCAAACUAAUGAAGAGCAAGUGCCAUCUUCUCCUAGAAAACGCAGAACCAGAAAAGAUUAA